UCCAGCCGACACAUGGCAAUACUUGUGUGAAAGCAUUUACUCCAGUGCAUCCUUUUAAUAUAUAUAUAAGGGAUUUUCUAAUAGCGAAAAUGGACAAAGAUCUUGAAAAUCUACAACUGAUAUAAAUUGUCCAUAAUUGGUAGGCUAGUGGAUACCUAAAUAUAUUGAAACACAUUGAGGAAAAAACAUUUGGAGGAAUAAUUUCUUUUUUAAACGUACUAUACAGUUUUUUUUUGAAGUUUGAUAGUUCAAAUGUAAACUAACAGAAUAAAGAGCAAAGAAAGUACAAUGAGAUCAAUAUAAUAUUGAGUGUUUCAGAAAAAAAGAUCAAUAUUGAGUCCCAAAUCAAUACGCAAUUAAGCAAACAUAAUUAAUAUGGUACUGCACGUAGUGGAUGGAGAUGAGUUUUUAGUAUUUCAUCUAAUAUAUCUCUGACUCUGAUUAUGCAGGAUAAAAUUCACUAAAAGAUGUGAUCGAGACGUUACAAUGCUAGUUGCAAAUUCGCUGAGGAGAAAAUAAUAUCUAAAUUUUAUUGAAUGAUUUACUUCUUUAUCAUUUAACAAAUAAAUGUUAUUGGUCUAAAUCUAAUCAUCAUGUAUGACAUUGAUAUUAACUCACGAAAGCAGACAAUGGAGAGAUUAUAGUUUCAAUUAACCUACUGAAAAAUUCAAUUAGAUUUAUCAAAAAAAAAAAAAAAAUUCAAUUAGUUUAGCUAGCGUGAGUUCGUCAUGCAUGAUUUUUUUCAGUUAACCCAAAGUAAAACUAUCUUCAAAUGAUCAAUUGAAUUGCAUGUGUUCCACUUUUGUUCUGCCUAAUUUAGAUAUUAAUUGAUUUUUUUUCUACGCGAGCCUAACUCGUUUAUUUCGUCUGAAAUCGCAACCCUUCGAAAUUGACCACUCCACUAAAAGAGUCUGAAAAAGUCAAAUAUUUUUCUUAGAAGACCUAAUUUUUCAAAAACUUGUUCGUUGACAUAUGCAUCAUUCUCUCGUGUAUAAAUACCAUUCACGCCAUUCAUUACUCUUCAUCCAAAUAUAUUAAUACACAUACAAACACACGCAACACAUCUUCCGAUAAAAAAAACUUUGUUUACUUUUUUUUAUCUAGCUCCUUUGAUUCUUGAAAGUCGACGACAAAAUAAGAAGAAUGAAUACAUUCAAGAUAUCUUAUUUCGUUGUGGUACUCAUAAUGGUCAUGGCCAUUGCUAUAACACUUAGCGAACCGCUAAGGGUUGAGGCGAACCACCGAAACAGAUAUGGUCAGUUGAUAGCCGCUACACGAGGGAAAAAAGGUGGGAACCGUACAAGUGCGAUGACGUGUGAUAAAAGCCCUAAAGUAUGUCGUCUCAAAGGCAGUCCAGGUCGUGAUUGUUGUCGUAAGAGGUGUGUCAACUUAAGGACCAACAAACUGAACUGCGGAAGAUGUGGAAAAAGCUGUCAAUACUCAGAAAUUUGUUGCAAUGGAUACUGUGUAAACCCGAUGUUUGAUAAGAGACAUUGUGGAGGUUGCUUUAAGAAGUGCAACAAAGGGAGAUCGUGUGCAUAUGGGAUGUGCAGCUAUGCUUGAAGAAACAAUGUGGGUAUAAUGGUUACAGAGAAAGGGAAGUUUAAUUUGUUGGUUUAGAUUGGUUUAGUUACAUUCAUAUUACAAUCUUAAAUAGGGUGUUUU